CGAAUGUUUGCUGAAAUAAGUCCUCUCCGCUCGCGCUACCGGGGGCAGGACCGAAACAUCACAGGUGUUGUCGCGGGCAGGUGGAGCCACAGGAAGAUUUCACGUUGGGGAUCGCAGGGCGCAGGUGCCCAGGCAAACCGCUGGUCAAAAUGACUGGGAUCUGACUUACGGCAAAAGAAGUAGGCCUGGGAUUGAGACUACGCUCCAGUCCGAAGUGCACUGCAUUCUAGUUGAGGCCAACUUCGGGCCUCCUCCUGAGAUGAGAGUGCACUCGUCAGGGGUUUAGUUACGUAGAGCAGCCUCUCAUCCCCGUACGGGGCUUCCCCUGCAGACCCUCCAAUGACCCUUCCCACCCCCGCCUGGUAGGCGCUCUGAUUGCAGCCGGUCGCCAUUCAUCAACCGGUUCACACCGGCGGCCGCCGCCGCGCUGUGACGUCGGCGAGGCGGGCCUCCGCCCCCGCUCGUCGGCGCUAGGAUUGAGGCCCGACUGCGAUUGGCCGCCUGGGCGUUCACGUCACUCUUGCUAUAAAUAAGAGGGCUUGUGACGCAAGGGCGCCUCGGCGCACGUAUUGGCUCAUUGGGCUGCGGGCCGGCGAGGCUGCGCGCUCUCCCCGGAGCCGCUCGCUGCAGGAUCGAGUCCACUGCCCUCGCUGCCUCCAGCGAAGCCGCCGCUAGCCCGCGAGGACCACCGCCACCCCUGCCCUACCGCUGCCGCCUGUGUCGCCGCCGCCUCGGGACCGGCUGUAUGAUUAAGCCACAAUCUUCAAUGAGUAGACAUAUUCCUUUCUGUGGUGUUCUUGGUCACACAUUUAUGGAGUUUCUGAAGGGCAGUGGAGAUUACUGCCAGGCACAGCACGACCUUUAUGCAGAUGAGUGAACUGUAAAAACUCAUUGCUACUCCACCAAGAAGCCCCCAUAAGAGUGGUUAACCUGGACACAGAAGUGUUGAAUUAAAAUCCACAGAGCAUUUUUUACAAGAGUUCUGACCUGGAUGGGGUAAACCUCAGUGCACUUCCUUUCUAUUGCCUCAGUAUUACUGGAUUGAAAAGUUGCUGCUUCUUUUUAGGAGGUUCAUUUCAUUUCCCAUUACUCCCAACUUCAUACUCAGAAGCACUGAGAAUUUCAAGUGGAGUAUAUUGAAGUAGACUCAGUUUCUUUGCAUCAUUUCUGUAUUGAGUUUUUAAAAUUUUUUCAUAACCCUAUUGAGUUUUUUUAACUAAAUUAACAUGGCUCGAAUGAACCGCCCAGCUCCUGUGGAAGUCACAUACAAGAACAUGAGAUUUCUUAUUACACACAAUCCAACUAAUGCAACCUUAAACAAAUUUAUAGAGGAACUUAAGAAGUAUGGAGUUACCACAAUAGUAAGAGUAUGUGAAGCAACCUAUGAUACUACUCUUGUGGAGAAGGAAGGCAUCCAUGUUCUCGAUUGGCCUUUUGAUGAUGGUGCACCACCAUCUAACCAGAUUGUUGAUGACUGGUUAAGUCUUGUGAAAAUUAAGUUUCGUGAAGAUCCUGGUUGUUGUAUUGCUGUUCAUUGUGUUGCAGGACUUGGGAGAGCUCCAGUGCUUGUUGCCCUAGCAUUAAUUGAAGGUGGAAUGAAAUAUGAAGAUGCAGUACAGUUCAUAAGACAAAAGCGGCGUGGAGCUUUUAACAGCAAACAACUUUUGUAUUUAGAGAAGUAUCGUCCUAAAAUGCGGCUGCGCUUCAAAGACUCUAAUGGUCAUAGAAACAACUGUUGCAUUCAAUAACAUUGAGAUGCCUGAUGUCAUUGUUUGGAAGUGGAACUUGAGACGUGGCUGAAUUUGUCGUACAUAUUAGCCAACACAUUGGCUUGGUGAAUAUGUUUAAUGAAGCUUCCAUAGGAGUGUUGGAAAGCAGUUUCACCAGGCCACAAGCCUGGUAGAAUUUGCAACCUCUAUGUUUGAGUUAUGAUCAACCUAUUUGGACAUUUAGCAGAGGGUUCUUGCUGUUCAGCAUUUAAAAUGUGCUUAGCAUUUGUACCAAUUGACCUUUCCUGAAAUCAUGCAGUAUUGAGUUAACAUCUUCAAAUCUGUUUCCAUGCCACAAUCUUAUCAAUAAGAAAUUUAGAAAGACUAGGUGCCAAAAUACCCAGCACAAUACUUGUAUAUUUUUAGUGUCAUAUAGAACUAAAAUCCCAGGAACUAUGAACACUCUGGACCUUAUGUGGUUUAUUUCUUCCAUCAUUUCAGACAUAAAAAGUUGGGCCUAUGUGGUUAUUUGUUCACAGGAUGUUUACAUCUCCCACAUUCAUACCAGUAUACAUCAAGAUUUGCUUUUUUUCCUUUUUAUUAACCAAGUCUUAAAGUGAUUAUUUAAUGUUUUUCUGUAAACCUCAUUUUGUGCUGUCAUAAAAGACCUCCAUUUUGAAAAUCUACAUUGUACAGAAGCACACGUCUUUAAUGUCUCCAGACAAAAAAAGCCUUACAGUUAAUUUUAAUGUUUGCACUUUGGGGUGCAACUUACAGGGAGGGCCUGCAAAAAGAGUGGGAGGGGGCUAUUAAGUAUUUUUAGUAAAAUGUUGCCUUUGUCUUGUGCAGAACAUGUAGAAUAUGCGCUUUAAUUUAGUAAAUAUUUUUUUAAAAGGUAGAAAUACUUUGUUAUUGUAGCUAAAACAAUUCUUAAUCAUAAAAUUUCUGAAAUUGUAAUUUUUUUUCAUACUUAUCUGAAGUUGUUUACCAACUUAUUUUUGUUUGAAGUGUGGUUCCCAACCUCUCUUGCAAAAAAAAAAAGAAGUGGGUUUCUGCUAAUGAAUUGAGCAGACAUUUAAUAUUUUAUAUGCCUUUUGAGCUGUGUAACUUAAUAUUUGGAUACUUGACAAUUUGUUUUAUUAUGUAAUUGAUAAAAUGGUGAUGUGUAUUAACGUUAGCUCAACCAUAUAUUUAUACUGUCCGGGAACAUGUGGUUAUAGUUCUGUGGGAGAAAUAAUUUGUCAGUGUUCACCAGCUUGUAAAAAUUUAGUGCGAGAGCUUAAACAUUAAAUAAAUAAUGAAAUGCAUCUAUCAUCAUUGAAAUUGUUUUGCUUAAAGUUAACUUAUUUUGUAAAAAUAUGAAAGAAUUGCAUUUCACUUAGUGCCAUUCGAAGUGUGCUUUUUUUUUUUUUUUAACAAAUGAAGGAUUAAAUGAAGUUGGCAUUAUGAAAAGCUACUUAUAGACGUAAUUAGGAUCAUGGGAACUGUUUCAUAUUAAAAGUGCUUUCCAUUAUAAGCUGUUUCUUUGAAGGUUUAGAUAAUUUUGAACCAGUGUGCUGUUCUGUACUGAGGAGAAACCAUGUGUAGUAGAGCCAUGAUUUGAAGCUCAGUUCCACCAACCAAUAACUGGUUUUGGGCAACUUAACUUUUAAGUAUCAGUUUUUCUCAUUUGCAUAUAAAUGACAUACCUUUAUAGGUUUUGAGGUUAAUUUGAACACAAGUUUUUGGCAUAUGAAGUGUCUGAAAUUUUUGCAUAGCUCAUGUUAAUCUAAAAGGAACAGAUGUCCUUGUCUGGGUUUUUUGUUUCUUUUUUUAAACAGAUACAACUGAGUAAAAGCUUCAACAUUUGAAUAAAAAAUGCUACUCCA